CUGAACUCCAACCCUGACUCUCUCUGUCAGCUUCUCAUUCCGUCUCAAUAUGCCUCAAGAUGGCGGCCAAUGCGGGAUCAAUGUUUCAAUAUUGGAAGCGCUUUGAUUUACAACUACUGCAGAGAGAACUAGACGCCACCGCCACACAGCUAGCCAACAGACAGGAUGAGAGCGAACAGUCCAGGAAGAAACUCAUCGACCAGAGCCGAGACUUCAAGAAGAACACGCCAGAGGAUGUCAGAAAGCAAGUGGCUCCUCUGCUAAAGAGCUUCCAGGGAGAGAUCGAUGCCUUGAGCAAAAGAAGUAAAGAAGCAGAAGGUUCCUUCUUGAAUGUCUACAAGACAUUAAUAGAUGUCCCAGACCCCGCCCCUGCGCUGGAGUUGGGUCAGCAGUUACAGCUGAAGCUCCAGCGGAUGCACGACAUCGAGACGGAGAACCUCAAACUCCGAGAGACUCUAGAGGACUACAACAAAGAGUUUACAGAGGUCAAGAACCAGGAGGUGACUAUUAAAGCGCUGAAGGAGAAGAUCCGGGACUAUGAGCAGUCCCUGAAGAACCAGGCUGAGAACCUGGUCCAGGAGAAACAAGUCCAACUCCACAAUGACUAUGCAGAGAAGGAGAGAAAGCUCCAGGAGAGCCAGGAGUCCAUGUCCUCUAAGCUGGUUGAGGCUGACCACAAGGCCCAGUCCCUACAGACAGCUCUUGAAACAACUCAGGCAGAGCUCUUUGAUCUGAAGACCAAGUAUGACGAGGACUGCACAGCAAAGGCCGAUGAGAUUGAAAUGGUGAUGACCGAUCUAGAGAGAGCCAAUCAGAGGGCGGAGGCAGCACAGAGGGAGGCGGAGACUCUGAGGGAGCAGCUGACCUCUUCUAACCAAUCCCUGCAGCUGACCACCCAGAUCCAGACCACCCCAGACAUGGAUCAGGCGGUGGAGGCGGUGUCCCGCUCCAGUCUGGAGGCAGAGCUGGGGGCCAAGGACAGGGAGAUGGUUCAGCUGGUGGAAGACGUUCAGAGACUGCAGGCCAGCCUGUCUAAACUCAGAGAGAGCUCCAGCACGCAGCUCACACAGCUGCAAAUACAGCUUAGCACCAAGACUGCCACCCUCAAGCAACUGGAGGAAAAGCUGCAGGAACAGGCUGACUAUGAGGAGGUGAAGAAAGAGCUGAGCAUCCUCAAGUCUAUGGAGUUUGGCCCAUCAGACAGCUCAGUGCAGGUCAUGUCUAAACCCCUAGAAGUGUUGUUGUUGGAGAAGAACCACAGUCUGCAGUCUGAGAGUUCCUCUCUGCGCAUCGCAAACACUGAGCUGAGCGGACGCUAUGCAGACCUGCAGCUGGAGUUCUCGUCUGCGGUCCGGACCAGCGCCGAGCAGAGAGCGCUCAUCCUCAAACUGGAACACGACCUGAGCAGCAUCCAGACCAUGUCCUCCAUGUUACGCCCUGAUGCAGACGGGGCUGACCUGACUAGCAUGAUUGACACCAUCCCUGAGCCAAUCAAAGAGGCCACUGCCAUGUUCGCAGGCCUAGGCAUGGCCCCCCAGGGGGAGCUGCCUCAAGGCCAGAUGGACUCUCUCCUCUCCAUAAUCUCCAGCCAGAGAGAGAGGUUCCGCUCACGCAACCAGGAGCUGGAGGCUGAGAGUCGUUCCGUGCAGGUGACCAUGCAGGCCUUGCAGAGUGAGCUGGACAGCCUGCGUGCCGACAACAUCAAACUCUACGAGAAGAUCAAGUUCCUCCAGAGCUACCCUGGCAGGGCUGGAGGCAGUGAUGACACAGUUACAGUGCGUUACUCCUCCCAGUAUGAGGAGAGACUGGACCCCUUCGCCUCCUUCAGCAAGAGGGAACGGCACCAUAGAUACCUGAGCCUCAGCCCCUGGGACAAGGUUACCCUCAGCCUGGGUCGUGGUAUUCUCUCCAACAAGAUGGCCAGAACCGUUACAUUCUUCUACACCCUCUUCCUGCAUUGCCUGGUCUUCCUGGUGCUGUAUAAGACUGCCUGGAGUGAGAGCAUCGGUCGAGACUGCUCUGCCUUCUGUGCUAAGAAGUACUCGGAUCACCUGCAUCGUUUUCAUGAGAACGGGGACAACCUGUGAGGCUUUCAAGACAACUGGGGGUCAAUUCAUGACGUCAGUGAUCUUCAGGUCAGAAAGUCGGAGUUCUAGAAAGAUGCCAGAGUUUCCGACUUGGAAUUCCGAGUUGGGUGAUCGUUCAACACUAUUUUCCAAGUCUGAGUUUUUUGCAGAGUUGGUUUGACAGAAAGAACAGCUUUAUUUUCUGCAGUAGCUGCUUUUAACCACUAGGGGGUAGGCUUGCUCUCUUCUUCGGGAGGGGAACUAAGUGGAUGUGGUUUAUGUGCAAACCCGUAAUAUUUAAUCUUUUUGAAUCCUUUCAUUAACCGUAAACUUAAACGAGACCAAUGUGAUUUUGGCUAGUCGAGCUGUCAAUGGGAUGCUGGUCAGAAAAGUCUCCUUUAGGUCUUGCUAUAUUCUGUUCUAGCCUGUAAUCUCCUAUACUGAUAUUAACUGUAAUCUCCUAUACUGAUAUUAACUGUAAUCUCCUAUGCUGAUAUUAACUGUAAUCUCCUAUACUGAUAUUAACUGUAAUCUCCUAUACUGAUAUUAACUGUAAUCUCCUAUGCUGAUAUUAACUGUAAUCUCCUAUGCUGAUAUUAACUGUAAUCUCCUAUGCUGAUAUUAACUGUAAUCUCCUAUGCUGAUAUUAACUGUAAUCUCCUAUACUGAUAUUAACUGUAAUCUCCUAUGCUGAUAUUAACUGUAAUCUCCUAUGCUGAUAUUAACUGUAAUCUCCUAUGCUGAUAUUAACUGUAAUCUCCUAUGCUGAUAUUAACUGUAAUCUCCUAUGCUGAUAUUAACUGUAAUCUCCUAUGCUGAUAUUAACUGUAAUCUCCUAUGCUGAUAUUAACUGUAAUCUCCUAUACUGAUAUUAACUGUAAUCUCCUAUACUGAUAUUAACUGUAAUCUCCUAUACUGAUAUUAACUGUAAUCUCCUAUACUGAUAUUAACUGUAAUCUCCUAUACUGAUAUUAACUGUAAUCUCCUAUACUGAUAUUAACUGUAAUCUCCUAUACUGAUAUUAACUGUAAUCUCCUAUACUGAUAUUAACUGUAAUCUCCUAUACUGAUAUUAACUGUAAUCUCCUAUGCUGAUAUUAACUGUAAUCUCCUAUGCUGAUAUUAACUGUAAUCUCCUAUACUGAUAUUAACUGUAAUCUCCUAUGCUGAUAUUAACUGUAAUCUCCUAUGCUGAUAUUAACUGUAAUCUCCUAUGCUGAUAUUAACUGUAAUCUCCUAUGCUGAUAUUAACUGUAAUCUCCUAUGCUGAUAUUAACUGUAGUCUCCUAUACUGAUAUUAACUGUAAUCUCCUAUACUGAUAUUAACUGUAAUCUCCUAUACUGAUAUUAACUGUAAUCUCCUAUGCUGAUAUUAACUGUAAUCUCCUAUGCUGAUAUUAACUGUAGUCUCCUAUGCUGAUAUUAACUGUAAUCUCCUAUACUGAUAUUAACUGUAAUCUCCUAUGCUGAUAUUAACUGUAGUCUUCUGUACUGAUAUUAAUUUUGAUGAAUGAAGUACUGAUUGACAA